AUGAGGGAAGAAGAGAAGAAGAAAGAAGAAAGAAUGGGAAAAAGGUUUAAUGAUAAGUUUGUAUCGAAUACAACGUACAACAACUGAAUUUUAAAUUUCCAUUUAAAAUAUUUCAGUGACCGUAUGGAAGAAUAUUAUACAAAUUGUGACAAUGAAUUAAGCGGUAUCGAAUAUGAAGAAGUUAUAUUGGAAAAAUCAAAAAGUUGUCCACGUUUGGGCUUGAAAUUAUAUUACGGUACUGAAAAUGAGAAUGAUACUGAUGUAUUCAUUGGCGAGGUUGAAAGUGGAAGUGUCGCAGAUCGUGAUGGGCGACUUAGGCCCGGUGAUCAAAUAUUACAGGUAAAUGGUGAAACAAUUUAUAGUCGUGCCAGUGCUGUAAAACAAUUUCGUAAUAGUGGUAAUAAAAUAUCCUUGCUACUUGCCCGUUCUAUUCAGAGUGAAGAAUUUGAAUUGUUAUUGGAACCAACAGGAGAAGGUUGUAAUGAAGACGAUAAAGAUGCAUUAACUGAUGCCAAUUCCAGUAAUUCUACCCUUGAAAAAGAUUCUGGACUAUCAAGAAUGACUGAUUCGGAUGCGGAAUUGUUACCCGCUCCAAUACCUAACAGUUUAAAUCAGUCAAUGGACUCAUUGAAUGAUUUACCAGAAGUAACAGACUGUAGUUUAAGAAGAUGCGCAAGUGAGUAUUCCUUAGAACGAGAAUUAGCAUCGUUGCAUCACGAAAUGGAAACUAUACGUAUAGAAUGUGAUAGGCUUAUUUUGAAACACAGUGAUAGUAGACGAAAUUUUCUCAAGAUGUCACAUAUAGCAGACAAUGAUCAGAAUGUAUAUAAAUUAAACGAUGAUAUAAGACGAAGAUUGGAUGAUACGUCAAGUGCUUACAAUACUGGUGAAUCAUGCCGCAGUACACCGUUGAAACCAGAUGCUACUGCUCAAACUAAAAAAAGUAGCACUAGCAUGCAACCGCGCGAUUGUGCAACAUUAGAUAGUUCCGUCGGUGAUACGGCUCGAUGUAUAGCUUCACAGAAUCCAUCCACUUCACAAAUUUCGCAAGUUAAAUUUAGAUUACCACAAUAUUCCGUUAUUUUAAAAGAAGAUGGGAGAAAAGGACAUGUUACAGCAAAAGGAAAUGAAGAACAAAAAAUGAGGACAAGUGAAAGAAGACCAACGACGACACAAAUGGUUGAUGAAACUUAUAGACCGGAAAGAGCUGGGAUAACAAUGUAUACGAUGCCACAAAAAUUAGCGGAAACGAUAGCUCUUCAACAACGAUUAUUACGUGAAGCAAUGGUUGAACAAGCUCAUAUGUUACGAACAUCAGCUAAAGGUAGUGCAAUUAGCGCUGUAAAUAAUAAUAAAAAUGGAGGAGGAAAAAGAAUGGAAGGAUCAGCAAUGAAACAAUUUCAGGAUAAUAAAAUUCAGGGACCAUGCGAAUGGAAGAUUAAGAGGCGACCAGAUGGGACACGAUAUGUCACGAGGAAGCCAAUUCGAAAUAAAUUACUGAAAGAACGAGAAGAGCAAUUAAACAAAGAACGUACAGGUGUAAGCACAGAUGAUGAUGCGAUGAGUGAAUUGAAAACUGGACGAUUUUGGACUCGAGAGGAGCGCAAAAAGCAAUGGGAACGAGCCAAACAACGCAAAUUACGAUAUCAUCAAUUAAUGGCUCAACGAAAUCAACAACCAUCAGAUCAGUUGAUUGUACAAUUAUCACGAAAAAAGAUGAUGCGUCGAAAAGGUAAUCCAUUGCUAGACAAAUUCACCACUAUUCAAGAAUUCAUGGCUCAUGCAAAUCGUGAUAUUUCUAGUCGUUCCAUUGAUGGAAUUUUAUCAGUUACCACUGUAUGA